AUGGUCAACUCCUCUUGCGGCUACGUCUGCUCCGAGCAGGGAUGUGACCAGGAGAGCUGCUGCCAGCCCAGCUGCUGCCAGCCCAGCUGUUUCCAGACCACCUGCUGCAGGACCACCUGCUGCCGCCCCAGCUGCUGUGUGUCCAGCUGCUGCAGGCCCCAGUGCUGCCAGUCUGUGUGCUGCCAGCCCACCUGCUGCAGGCCCCAGUGCUGCCGCCCCAGCUGCUGUGUGUCCAGCUGCUGCAGGCCCCAGUGCUGCAUCUCCAGCUGCUGCCGCCCCUCCUGUGGUAGCUCCAGCUGCUGUGGCUCCAGCUGCUGCCGCCGCUGCUGGUCCUGCUGCCUGCGCCCCGUGUGUGGCCAGGUGUCCUGCCACACCUCUUGCUACCACCCCACCUGCGUCAUCUCCACCUGCCCCCGCCCCAUGUGCUGCGCCAUCCCCUGCUGCUGA